AUGGAUGCUGUGGACAUAAUUGUCCUCACAACUCUUCUCGUUGCAAUUUCCUGUUUCGGAUUGUUCACAGCAUUGCGUGGCGCCAAACAAACAUCCGCUGCUCAGAUUCUACACGGGUCAAACAUAUCUGUACUGACGUCAGCUUUAUCGGUUUGUUCGGGAUUUCUUUCUGCAAUUUCACUCCUUGGAUUUCCUGCAGAGAUCCAUUAUCAAGGAACAAUGAUAUUUUGGUAUGGCCCGAUGUACGUGGUGGCAUUUCCUAUUGCAGCUUAUUGUUUCCUGCCCGUUUUCUAUAAUAUGGAGCUUACAAGCAUAUACGAAGUUGGUAUCUUAUCUGCCAUUAUUGAAAUCAGUAUCAUAAGUCAUUAUCAUUUUUGGUCAGCUGGUGUGCAUGACUUGUUCGCAGAAAAACUUCGGAUCCCUGAGCAUCAUAUGGAUGCAGAACGUGCAUUGAGUAGUUGUAGUGAGACACAGCCUGCGGUACUAUUGGUACACCAACCAAAUGGUGCCUCUAAAAUCCUACGUAGUACUAAGAGACGAAUCGAUUUGAUUUUAUCAGGACAUACGCAUGCUGGACAGUUUUAUAUCGUCUUGCUUUAUGUUAGUGUGGCACUGUAUGCACCAGCACUUGCAUUAUCGACAGUUAUUUCUGUCCCGUUAGCUGUAUCAGUUGUUAUAACGGCAGGUCUUGCCGCUCUUUAUGUGACAUUGGGGGGCGCAAAAGCAAGCAUAUAUACUUCGGCUUUACAAAUGGCACUUAUUUUAGCAAGUCUGGUACUGAUUUUUUCAAUCAGUUUAUAUCACUUCGGUUUUAACAACGUUUUAAAAACUGCUGUUGCUGGAGGUCGUCUGCAGUUACUUGAUUUUCGAAUUGAUCCACGUAUCCGACAUUCGGUUUGGUCAUUGAUGAUUGGUGGUACAGGAAAUAUAUUGUGUCUUUUUGCAGCAAAUCAACUUACAAUACAGCGUUAUAUGGCAAUGAGUUCUCUUCGAUCUGCUCAAUGGGUUAUUCUGCUUAAUAUUCCCUUCAACUGUUUGAUUCUUACGAUGUAUGUUGGUGCAGGACUGAUGAUAUACUAUAAAUAUUUUCAUUGUAACCCCGUUCUUCAAUCAAAAGACCAACUCUUUCCUCGUUUCGUUGUUGAUGAGCUCUCUGCCAUACCCGGAAUUGUUGGUCUUUUUACAGCAGCUGUAUAUAGCGCAGGUUUAAGUACGGCGUCAGCUUCAUACACUGCCCUCGCUUCAGUAUUCAUCGAAGAUGUUAUUAAACAGUUCCAAACUAAGGUGCAAAAACAGGAAUCAAUGAAGCCAAAUUGUAGUAUCUUACUAGCACGAUAUCUACCAUUAUUGUUUUGUUGUUUAUCAGUAGUAAUCGCUUAUCUUUGUAGCGUAAUGAAAACGAUGAUGCUCCAGGUUUCAUUUUCAAUAUUCGGAAUUGCUGGAGGACCCGUGUUGAGUGUCUUUUGCCUGGGCAUGUUUUUCCCAAAAAUUAAGGGACUGGCAGCUUUUACUGCUCAGGUGGCGUCAACAGUAUUCUGCGUUUUCAUUGCUGUUGGUGCAUUGGUAAGUGAUGUAAGACCUGUCGGUUUACCAAUUGAUGAAACUUGUGGGCAAAAUAAUGUCACUUUACAAUUUGUUGAAAAACCGGAGUACGGAAUGGUCCAUCCUUUACUAAGCAAUUCAUGGUUAAUUCAACUAUUUCGUCUUUCUUAUCAAUACUACAGCAUCUCUGCGAUAUUGGUUGCGUUUGUAGUUGCACAUGUUGUUCAGUGCUUUUCAGAAAAUGUUGAAAAUUUACCAGUGGAAGCGAGACUGCUAUCACCUUUAUUUUGGUCAGCACAUGACCAAAAGGUAUUGUCAGUUUUCACAGCUGCGGAACUAUGUUGGACUACGCUUCUGGAACAGGAAAGAAUGACGAAAUCCCGUUGGGAAAUGUCAGAUAAGACAAAGUCUGUAUUAGGUAGCGAUGGUAGUCGUAACGACGUUCCAUCCGUAUUUUGUCAAAGAAAGAAUCAGAAAAAGGAGAGUUUUCUCAAAUUGUCAUUCAACAAUAGCGCUACACUCGGUGACAAAAGCGAAGGUGACGUGGGUGUUGUUGAUUAUAACGGAUAUUUUGUCAGCAACUGCCGUUACGUUGACGGGGCAUGA